AUGGCGGACGAUCAAGUCGAUCUUACUCCAGAGGUCGACAUUCCUGGAGCUGGCUUUAUUGAAAAAGAGAUAGAAAAAUUGACCAUUGCUCAACCAAAGCUUUGGUUAAAAUGCCUCUGCAUAAAUCAAAAUUGUAAUAACAAGAACUGUUGGAAAGGUAGAUGCACAUCACCCGGCUUCGCGCAAUCGAUCAGCUGUUUUAUACGCUGUUUAUUUUCAACUACAAGUAGUUGACAUGGUGGUUUAGACACUUGUUUUCAUACAAAAUUUGCUUUCUCAGGGUCUAGAACCUGCAAGCAAUGAAAAUCUAAAAAUAUAUGACCCUGACCCAGAGAGGAUCUUCACUAUAUAAAGCAAAGUUAGAGAGACAGAUUGAAGAACUGAGGGACAAUGGGGAAAACGCGAGUGAUGCAGCAAACCACUUCAAGAACUUUCCCACCGUUGAUUCCGCAUUUGGUGAUGAUUUUACCGUCCUUCCCAAGUUCGUUCUGACUGAGACAUUAGAACACCUAAAUAACAGUGGAAAGAACACCAGGAAAUCUGCUGAUGCCGUUGCCGAGUUGGUAAGUGCUCAGAAUGCUCUCAUUUGUUCACGACCUCCAAGUGUUUGCGAGUCCAAAUUCCGAGGAUGAUGUUAUUUACCUUAGAGCGCUUCGCUGGGCCUCCUACAGGAAAUAUGUAUAAAACCAAAGUCAAAAUGGGAUAGUUCAGAGGAACGGUAAACCCAGAAUUCUAGCUGCCGAGUGUGACAAAAUAUGCCCAGCCGGAAAAAGUUAUUGUUGCUGCCAUGUGAUGGUGGUAAUCUGUAAACUGGAUGACAUAUCCAGAAACAAGAACGUUCAACUCACUGAUAACCGUAUCUUUACCUCAAACCUAGAAAAUGGGGAAUACCAGGAAAGAGGAUUGUACAACAAAAGCUAAUCAUGACAGAGAGACUUUUUAAACCCCGCCGUUCCUCCGACAUCCAAGGAAGAAAGGUGUGUAUCCCAGGCUGUUUGAUCCAAGACUAUCAAAAUCGCGUAAGUUAAACCUAGAAUCAGUUGAAAGAUUGAAACAAAAUUUUCAAAACGUAAAUCCUGCUGUUCGAUUUUUCGAAAAUAAUCCCUGAUGCGUAUCGUAUCAAGUUACUUGACACAAUAGUUGGACGGAAGUUGCGUAUGCCGGGUUCUGAUACAAAUCUGAUUGUUUGUGCUAAGUUAAAAACCAUACCUAUAUAGGCAUCUCUGAGCCUGGGGUAAGCUAACUCAUAUGAUAUGAUAUAUUUAUCAGAUUUCCUAUAGGAGGCCCAGUAAAGCAUUCUAAGGUAAAUAACAUCAUCCACCAAAAGUGAGAGCAUUCUGAGCCCUUUAGAACUUGCAAACUUUGCAACGACAUCAGUAGACUGGUGUUCUUUCCACAGUACUUUAGAUGUUCUAAUGUAUCAGUCGGAACGAACGUGGAAAGGAAGGCAAAGUAAUCACCAAAUGCUGAAUCAAAGGUGGGAAGUUCUCGAACUGGUUUGCUGCAUCACUCGCGGUUUCCCAUUUCCCUCAGUUCUUCAUUGUCUCGCUGACUUUGCUUUAGUGAAGCUCCUCACUGGGUCAGUAGGUUUUUGACCCUGAGAAGGCAAGUUAUGUAUGAAAACACGUGUCUAAACCGCCAUGUACACUUGUAGUUAAAAAAAAACAACAUAAAGAGCUGAUCGAUCGCGCGAAGCUGGAUGAUGUACACCUAUCCAACAGUUCCAUGUUACUGCCAUUUUGAUUGAUAGAGAGGCAUUUUAACCAAAAGGUUACUUGAGCAACGGUCAAUUUUCCCAUCUCUUCUUGACUAAAGCCAGCACCAGGAAUGUCCCCUGGAGUAACUCUGUAAGAUCAACUUGA